CAGGCCAGGAAGGACGCUGGGUUGGCGGUGGCUGCUUUGUAUUUUCAGACUGCUCUCUCAGACUCUAAGGGGAACCCCCAGAUGGCUUCGUCGGCUGCUUCUCCCACAUCAGCUCUUUUGACUGAUGUGGCCUUGGCUUGGGCCAGCCUUCAAAGAGCCAGGCACGUGCUACAGCGGAUGGAGAAUGAAAUGGACACACCCAACUGGCACAGGGUCAGCAGGCAGAGUUACAAAUCGCUUGAUGCUGGGCAAGAGAAGCUGGUUUCUUGGGAAAACCAGAACAGUUCUAGUCCUGUCCAUGCCAAACUGAGAGGGCCUCAUUUUCCUGAGGACCACAACAUGGCAGCUACAUCGACAUCACCCCGGGUCUUUCAGGAGUCAAUUACCCUCAGAGAAGAACCAGAUGGCAAUGUAGGGACUUAUGGUGGACAGGUAACUCAGCUGGAUCCUGCGACCUUUGGCCCAGGGAGGAAAGAGAAAGACUUCAACAACCAGUUUGAACCAGAAAGAAAGUGUGCAGCAAAUGAUUGGCCUUCCAGAUUGCCAGUCUUUAUUCCUGUUCCCUCAGGAGACUAUCAUCAAUUCUUGAGCCCUUUGAGUAGUAGUCCCUGGAGGGAAAGGUCACCUCAGCCUCUUGACUCUCCUGCUGGUCGUCAGAGAUGGCCAUUGGCAGGAGUAAAGAGAUCUUUCCCUGACUCUCGGCUGGAGCGGCUGAGGGAGAGAAUACAGGCACAGAAGCACCGACAUCCUAAUAUUUUUCCUGCCUCCUUCCAAGCUCACUCUGGUAGCCCUCAAACUCUGCCCCAGAAGAACAUGCCAAAGAGAAAUAUCUACAAACUGAAGUUAGGUGCUUCAAACCCAGCACACUCAGACCAAGUCUCAGCUUCCAGCCCAGAUCCCCAUGAUACUCACCAUGCAGUUGCCAAUAAAUUUACACCAAAGAAAAAAGGCUACAGAGUAAGAUUCGCACUGUCAACUCCAGCAGACCCAAGUCAAGGGGACAAAAUUAAAGUGGCCCAAAGCUGCCAGGAAUCUGUUUCAUCACCUUCCCCUAGAAGACUUUUGAAAGACCAAGAUGCCAAGCUGGCUGGUGUUUCUGCAUGGAGAAAGGGACAGAGGCUUGUGAGGCUUCUCCUUGGGCCCCCUCCCACGUUUCUCCAGCUCCAGAAUCGGGCCCUCUCAGGAGGCCUAGCCACCACAAAGGAGUCAGGAUCAAUAGAGAAGACUCAAAAAUCUGAGCACAUAUCACCCCCAGUCCCAGAGAUAACCAACCAGAAAGGAACAGCUCCUCCCCAAGGAAACUCCCAGAUCUCUCCAGAAAGUUCAGUGCCAGUGGGUUGUGGUAGUUCUGAACCAUUCCAAGCUAUCUUGAAUCUUUUGAAAAAUCUCCAAUCACAUAUUCAAGACAAGGGAGAUAACAAAAGAACAUGGUUCCAAUCUACCAAGAAAGCAGGUGAAUCGGAACGGCUUUCAAAAUCUCAAAAUACAGCUGUAAGAAGAAGGAAUCUCCAAUUAUCCUCAGAAGGAAAGAACCUCUCUUCAAGGACAAGUAGUUCUGGGGCAUGGAAAGUAUCUGGAAAAGAAAAUGCCUGCCAAGGGACCCACAGAAAAACAAAUGGGAGUGCCCUUAGGCCGUACACCACUGCGGAAAUCCAGAAAUUCAUGACUCAAAAAGCAAAUGAAAGAAAGAGAAGGUGCCUUGAAGCCAAAAUAUCUGUAAAGAAAGCCUUGGAGCAGAGACAGAAGAAGUUGCAGGAGGUGUAUAAGAAACAGAGAGAAGCUUCCUCCAAGAAGCCCAAUGCCAGAGUCUCACAAAUGUCAUUCAAGACUAUUGCCUCUGCACAACAAUCCCGCCUUUCCAAAGCCCAGGAAACCAAGGAAAGCCAAAGGGAGGCAGCUCUUAAGCAUGAAAAGCAGGCACUGGGCACUGUGUUGGGUAACAAAAAGCUUCAAGACAGAACUUCCCAUGAUACUAAAACUCCAGUUACAACUAGGGCUUCUGAAAGUGGGGUUAACCCCCUUUUUCCACUCUCUACAAGUACAUCCCCAUGGCUCUUGAAACAGCAAGACUUGGACCCUAGCCCUUUACCUCCCACUCUGGCUCUUCAGUCAUGUCAAGUUGAAAACUUAGAGAAGACUCCGGUUUCUGUGGCACCCAGAAAAGAGCCAAACCCUAUGCCCUUCCAACACAAUCAGGCCAGGAUCCGGAUUCUUGAGGCCACUGCUCAGGUGUUGAAGGAGAGGAUUGAAUUCUUGACUGAGAAGCUAAAUCUCCCAGGAGUGUCUGGAGCCCCCAGUAACAAGUCUGAGAAGUGCAUGGAUAUCUCACCAGUUCAGGAGUGCCUCCCAGCGGCAGCACAAUCAUCUUGUGCUAUUGUACUUGGCCAGUCUUCCAGCCUAACUGCCUUGGGAACCCCUGGAGAUUCUGGACCAGAAGUGACCAAGCCCUCCAGUGGCAGAGAAAAAGGGAUGAUUCAGGAAAUUGGAAAAGAUGGAGUGGAAAUGGAAACAAAGAUCCCAGCUUUCCUUCUCAGCCCUGCUGCACCAGGUGAACCAUUAUUCUGCAGCAGCCCAGGUUUGAAUAAGCCACAGAGUCCUUGCCCUGAGGUGGCGCUGAAACCUAGGCCCAAAGAUCUUACUCUGACUGAGGAUUCAGAAGUAGAAAAGAGGGUACCAAAAGAUAAAAAGUUCACCAGUUCUCCUGAUUUCUUCACAAAAAGUCCACAGAAAGAAUCUGAAAAGCAAGAUAGCUUCAUUGAUCCUUCUGGGAUUCAGAUGGAAGAGUUGACCGAAUUUUCUCUUGGAAUGCCUGAGUCCUAUAACGAGAUCAAGACACAAGAUCUUCCCACCAGAAGAACUGAGUUUUUAAGCCCCUCAAGCAAACAUAUAGAGGGAUAUGAAAAUGGCAACAACUAUUUCAAAGACAUCUGCAUUGGCUAUCUAAGCACUGUGCAACAGAAAUCUCUGAGCUUUCUUCAGAAAUUGAAGUUGCAUCAGAUAAAACAGGAGAGGGAGUUAGAAAUUCUGAAGCAGAAAGCAGAACUGGAAGCUGAAGAAACUCAGAAAUCUUUGGAUGAAUUGGUCUUUAGGAAUCAUUUAAAGCAGGCUUUGCAUGACAGCCACAUCCUUAGAAUUGAACUGGACAAUAAAGCAGAAAAAUGGAAGAUGCCGAAGAUUCAUGGAGCUCCAGAAUCCAUAGCCUAUCUAAUUAGGCCGUCACCUAUGGGCAGAGCAUAUUCCAGCAGAGCCAAUAGUCCAACAGUUCCCACCUGGGAAAAUGAGCCAAGGAGAAAUUUAUUGGGUGGCACAGACACUGAAAGGGGAAGAGGGAAGCAAGACAGUACCUCAUUACCCUACUCCACUACAUGGUCCCCAUCAGCUGCUGAUUACCCAAGUGGCAAGGUGUUUUCUAGAGAAGACCUCAUGGAUAGCAGCCAGAGGAACGAAAUUAAUCAGUCUAGCCUCUUUGACCGCUUGAGCCUGAGGAUGACUGAUCAGUACUUAAGGGAAGAAGAACUAAGAGCUCAGUACCAGAUAGCCCUCCUUAAGCUCCGGGAGAAAGCCCUGGAGGAGAAAGUUACAGCUGAAUUGUCAUGGCUAGAACAACAGAAAGCAUAUUUGGGGAACAAAAGAGAUCACAGCUUAAUGACAGAGGAACAGCACCGAAUCCUAAUGGAUCUGAAGCAAGAACAGGUGGAACUUAAACACCUACAAAAGAUUUAUGAAGUGGCUCAUCAGGAGAGAAAACUUCUAUUGACACAACAAAAGGACAUCCUAACAAUACAUCAGUCAACAGGUCAUCUUCAACAGGAAUUUCAUGGCCUAGCUAGCAGACACCAGUUUUCCAGUCCCUGGUCAGAAGCUAAAGAAGGCCAGAAGUCCGAAGCUGAGAGAGCCUUCAGACCCGAGAGGCUGGCCAGGAGUCCAGAGGGUUUGUUGUCUUCAAGAUCAUCUCACAUAGGAAGAUCAGCUUCAAUCUUGCCUGACCCUGGGGAAAAUCUGAAAUGCUGUGAGAACACACACCUUCUUGCUGAGAGGGAGCUCCGGGGGCUACCUGAUGAGGACUCAUGCCUACAGCCACAGUGGCUGAAGGGGGGAAAGGACAGAUCAAUGGUCAGUAACAUGCCUGACCACAGGGAGCAAACUCUGGGCCAGUUCGUGGAGAAUGACGACCAGGAAAAUAAAGAGCCUGCUGAACAAUACUGUACUAUUUGGCAACGUCAACAGCAAGAAAGCUCUUUGGAAAUCAAACAAGAUCCGUAUCAGGUCUUUGCUAAGCCAACUACAAGGACAGAGGAAUGUAAUUCAAAGACUGAAUUCAAGCCUAAUGUGGUGGAAAAAAGACCUCAAAGUGAAGCUACAAAAGCCUCAUUAGCAAGAGACAAGACAUAUGUACAGGCACAAAAAAAUGAACUAAAUUGUUCAAAAUUGGAAAGAAGUUUGACUGGCCAGGAAGAAGGCCAGUCCUCUCAGCAGGAGGACAAUGUUAUUUACAAUAGAAAAAAUCAGGAGUGCUCAAGACUAGACUCAGAUGUCAUUAAGUGUCCAAUAGUUGAACCACAAAAAGAGAAAAGAAGGCAACAAAGGACAAAGGAUAAGUCUAGAGAAGUUCCAUUGGACACUGUCCAGAUAUGCCACAGCUCUUCCAUUCAAGAAUGCAAAAAAGACGAAGAGAAGAAAUCCAAAUAUACUCAAUAUGAUGAAAACCACUUACUCAAAUGUGAUACCAAUCCUUUUGACUCCUUAGAAUCAGGAUCUGUUCUCAGUCCUUGUUCAGAAUCUCUCUCUUCAGACAAAAUAAUAUCACCAUGCAACUCACCUCCAGACUUAAAGAGUCAUCAGUCAUAUCUAUCCUCUUCUGAAUUUCAGAAAGUGACUGCCUUUCUAGUUAAUGUUUCAGACAGUUUGAUUUCGGGAAGUGACUCAGAAAUUGAGGAUGCACAAAACACAGAUGUCAAUGAAUGGCAGGAGUUCACUGACCAACAACCAUUGGAUCAGCUUUCUAGUCCUUUGCCUAAUCCAUCAGUAACCCCAAGUAAAGGAGAUGGAUUGAUUUUGGCAGUUAAUAGUGAUGAGAGACAGCCUGAUAAUGGUUUCCCUUUUGAAAACUGCCAAGACUUACAGAAGACACAAGGGAAUAACAAUAUUUCAACUAAUGUCUUGCCUUCUGAAAUUAUUGCGAGUUUGGCUGGCAGCAGGAAACAAAAGCUAAGUAUUUCAUGGACUGAGUUACCACUGUCUCAAGACACACCCUCUCUAAAAUUGAGUGAUAUGCUUUCAGUGGAUACCUAUGUGGCACCAAAAGAAGAUAAAGAAAAGACUUGUUCAGAGCAUGAAGUUUGUGUUGAACCCAUGUUCUGUUGUUCUUCAUCCUUGGAUGACAUUUCAGAGACAGAUGAAAAUUUGAAACAGCAAAGUCGUGUAUUUUCCUUUGGCAAAGGAAAAGAUCAGAAAGACUUUGGAGUCAAAGAUGUUUUGUUUGAUGAGACAAGCAAAAAAGAAACUGAAUUUUCUCUCCCAGAAAUCUACUUCAUGCCAUUUUCAUCCCCAAACUUGAAAGCAAAUUGCCAACCACUUUCACUGCCUUUUGAAAUGUCUCAGGGAAAACAAAACUUGUCAGUCCAAAAAGCUAAACCUGCAUGUGAACAAAAUCCAGAAGAAUGGUCUAUUUCUGACAAAGAUAGUAAAUUUGCCCUUCAGCAAUUGUCAGCUGACUUCAAUAAUGUGCCUGGCCCCAGUAUCUUUCAUGAUGGGAAAAUUGUUCAAUCAGGGUAUGAGCACAAGGCAGAUGAAUCUGAUAUGCAUCAGAAGACCUCAGGGGGCCACAAGUUGGUGACAUAUCCUUCUGGGUCACCCAAUAGGAUGGCUCCCAAGGCUGAGUACUAUCUAGCUGUGAGGUUUGAUGGCUCCAUACAGACCAAAGGAGACAGUCUUCCUACUCUCCAUGGUGGCAUCUUGUCUGAAAUACUAUCCCCUGUUGAUGAAGUGCUUUCCUAUGGAAGUGCUGGCCUCCCAUCCCCAACACAGAAGGGUUCCUCUUUUCCCAGUGAAGAUUUCCCUUCUCCUCCUCCUGAUCUUGUGCUUUGGGCAAAUGGUAAUGAUAUUGACUUCAGUUCAGAGGAUUUCCCUUCUCUGCCAGAAGAUGUGGUAUUUCCAGAAGGUUCAAAAAAUGCACAAGAUGAAGAUUCAUCUAUUCAAACUGGUGAGUUAUCUUCUUUAUCUGAUGAGAUUUUGCCAGAGGAAUUUUCUCCAAUACCUCUGGAUUUAGGGAAUUCCUACUCAGUUCUGGAUGAAUACUCACUGGGAUGGGAUGAAAAGAGAGAAAGCAGUUUGGAAAGGAAAGAAGAACUGUUGAGUCUUGAACCACAGCAGGAUGUCAAAGGGAAACAAAAAGUGAACUGCUGGUCCAGUCCAACUUUGUCCAGAAGUGCCAGUAAAAGUCCAGCAUCAGUCUUAAAACAAUCCAAAGAAGAUGGGAAGAAUACGCUGGCAUUAGAUGAUACAGGGAACAAAGAACAGGUGACACACACACAACCAGAAACUCUGAAAUUCAAAGAGACAAGCCAUUCUGAAGGAAAGGACUGGACUGGUAUGGCACAUAAUAAAGCAAAGGAUGAUUACAAAGAGGACUUGGAAAGAGUAAAAUAUUCAGAGUAUGACAUGGAUUAUGAUGAGUUAUUUAGAGCAGAUCAAACAGCAUGCCUUUUGGCAGACUGUAGAGAAAAGUCAAGUGACCAUAAUGACCAAGAUUCAGUUCAUUCAUCCUUAAGGAGUGGCAAAUACAAUGAUGAGCUCAGGGUCGAAUAUCGGUUUUUAGAGAGAAAGCCAGAAGCCAAGUUUAACAAAAGAGAUAGCUCAAUGACACCAGUAGCCACCCAUCCUGAAACCCUGAUGUCUCAACCUACAGAAAUGGAGUCCUGCUUUAUCCAUGCUCAGUCUGAUUCUGAAAGACUUUUUAAUAAAGAUUUCUCAGGGUGCUUAAAUCCCCAACAGUUGCAUAUGGCACCUAUAAAGGAGACUGAGAAGUUACUUAAAGAUGUACAUCCAAUGGAAGAGAAAGAAAUCAACUUAAAAAAUAGUGUUAUGGACUCCCAACUUGAUCCCAAGCAAAAAACAUAUGGAAUUGUAGAUUCUGUAUCCACUGAACUGACCAAAAAAAUCCUGUGGGAUGCUUUAGCUGUGUUUGCAGAGCUUGCCAGACAGCAGAAUGUCUCCCUGUCUAUGAGCCGCUGUGUAACUCCUACUGAUAAGGGAAGCUCAUUAUGAAAAUGAAAUUGCAGACAAUGCCCUCUCCAAUAACAGAAGACACUGCUUCUACAGACCACAUAUAUGCCAGUGACAUAGAAAAGGGAAAAAUGGAAUUUUGACAAUGGAGGAAGAACCAAAUGGGUGUUUGGUGGAGGUGGGUAGGGGAAGAAUCAUGGUGUGAAUUCCUUUAAGAGGUCAUAAUGAUUUUUUAAAAAAUUCUACUUGUAACUUUUUAUCACAAGUUUAAGUUUCAAGAUUCUGACAGGACAGAAAAAUAAUAUAACUAAAUUGGUGAGGAGUGCUAAGAAGAAUGGAAAUAUGCAAAUAUGUUUGAGGGCCACAGAUAACAUUCUGGUCCAAAGAUUAGGCAGAUAUCAGGAAUUUGAUUUUUUAAUAAGAUAUAUAAAAGCCAGAGAAAAACUACAUGAUUAUAUUGAGGAAUGACACGUGUCAAUUUAAGGCAAUUUCUAAGUAGUUUGAAUAAAGGUAUAGCUUUCAGAACAGGGGUUCUUAGCCUUCUUGUGUGUGUCAUGGACCCUUUUGGAAGUCUAGUGAAGCUCAUGGACCCCCUUUUCAGAAUGUUUUUAAAUUAUUGAAGGAAAUGCUAAAUUUCAGUUAGUAGUGAAAAUAAAGAUGUAAUUUUUUUCCAUUCAAGUUCACAGUGUUCCCUUGAAAUCUAUGCAUGGACCCCUUGGGGGUUGGAGGAUCCCAGGUUAAAAACCUGUUCUAUAGUGAACAAGGUAACUAGGAAUUAAUUAUGGUGGGGAAGAAAGAAAUAUAACUAGGAAAGAAGAAAAAUAUAACUUUGUAGUCCUUUGAAAUUCAGAAUGAAACAAAAGUAACCACAGAGGUUGAAUAGGCAAACCCACAGCUGAAAGAUGGAGACCCCUAGCUACUUGUGUGAUAUUAAGGAUCAUAUAUUACUGUAGCUUUAACAAGAUUUUGGUUGAAUUCAAUCAAUUUCCUUUGUAUUCCUAUUUUCUUCAUUCAUUUCUAGUUACUUGCUUAUAGGAAUCAUGCCAUAUUCCUAAGUUUCACAGACUAAUCACCAAUAAGAACUGGUAAUACAAAAUGCUAUUUUCCCCCAUAGUAUUUUAUGAGCAAAUCAGAGUAAAAUCCAAAGAACAAUAAUAGCACUAAAAGAAAAAAGAAAUCCUCCUGGGUUUUUUUUUUUUUUUUGAGUGUGUGUGUGUUGGGGAGGGGAGCUACUGAAUAAGUCAAAUACUAAUCUGGAAAUAGUCAUAGAAAAAGACAUUUCUCUGUAGGCCUGAUAGUUAAUUUAAAAGUAUUAGUGUUAUGCUUUUGAUGACAAGGGUUGGAGAUCUAAAAUGGUUCUAAAAGGUGGAAUGCUUUAAUGAGAAGCAAGAUCAUAUUUCUAGGCUUUAUUAACAUAGUUUACAUGAUAUGAAACGGAUCCUUGUCUGAAUUUGACAGGUAGUUCAGACUAGAACUUGUAAGAUGAAAUCCCAGUUCACAUAUUAAUAUUGUGGGUAAAUUCAGGAUGAGCACUGAAUCAGAAUUUUCCAAUGGUGUUGAGGGCUAUAGGCAUUUUUUCCUCAUGAAUACCAAAGUUUUAUCACAUAUUAGACCAUUCUAAGAUCUCCUGGUUGGCAGAAAUAGGAAUUCCCAGGCCAGUCUACAGAGACAGGUUACCCACCAGGUGGAUGAUUCAUGAAAGAGUUCUCAGUUUGCUGAUAAGAAUGGGUUUUAUCUUGAUUUUUUCUUCAUGGCCUUGCCUCUCUUAUGUGACUCAGUCUCUCUUCUUAAAAAUAACAAUACCAUUUCCGGGUUGUGGAAUAUUAUUAGCCUUCUAGUGAAUUGACAAAGAAAUUAAAAAAAAAAAAGACUGUGAGAGAUUUAUUAUAGGUAUUUCUUACAGCAACCGCUAUUUAUGCAAAGACCUAUAUUUGUACAUAUAAAAUGUCCUUGGGAUUUUUUCCCCCUCUUUGCAACAAUUAUUUCUUUCCUUGGUAUAAAUAUUUAGGCAGAGAUGCUAGGAAAUGGCUGUUUAUUCAAUAAUAAAGAGGAUUUCCUGAAGAAAGAUCCAUGAGGUGAUUAACUAUGAGAACUAAGUAACACUAGACCCAGAACAUUGUUUCAGGGAGUUAGUUACUUCUUGUUUGGGGGCGAUCAUAAACAAGAAGGACAAAAGAAAUACUCAAAGAAUGUGUGGUAGUAGAAGUGUUUUCCAAUAUUGCCCAGAGAUGUAAUGUGUAGAAAAGAGUGAGGGGGAAUGAAGGCUUGGGUGGCAGGUUCUCAGAGACAGACACAUAAACAUGGCCUUCAGAUUGUAUCUAUGUAUGUAUAGUUUCAAAUAUAAGCUCUCUGGAGCAGCUCUACUAUGGGCAGUCACAGUGGGAACAGGAAGUAGUAGUCAUAUAUUGCUCUCUUAGCCACACCUAGACACAUAUCAUCAGUUGUCAGAUAUGGAAAUGAGAAACAGCAAUAUAAUCUAAAGUGCUAUUCUCAAUUUUUGAAGAUGACUACUUGGUUAUGGUGGGAAGUUAUAGGAUGAGCUAGUUAAAGGUACAAAAGACUGAAUCAAGAACAUGUAUCUUUAAGAAGUGGAUACUAAUGCCAGAGGUCAAAACAAACAAAUGAAAAAAAUUCCAUCUAAAAUUCACAUGGCUGCUUGUCUCUUUACAAAUCUUAGUAUUUGUGGUCUGAAACAUGGGGAAAUGACUUAUUGAUAGUGUAUGCUUAUGACUCAGUGGGUUUAAAAAAAUUAUAGGAGCUCAUUUAGACAGUAAUGAACACACAAGCCUGGUAUACUUUGCUCUGACUGAUAAAGGAUAUGUCUCUGAAAAGUGGUGUGUGAAUCUAAUAUUUAUAUAUCAUAUGCCAUAAGAGCUAGUUGUUAUUUCCUUGUAAAGUGAAGAAUCAUUUUGUAAUGUGAAUGGUAACUUUUCUCUUAAUUUAACUUCUCGAAGUCUGAUUUUGGUGUGCUUAUAUUAAUUUGUAGUAAGAUUAUGGCAUUUUGGGAUAUUAAGUUUCAUUAUGGUGGUUUUUCUAAUUCAAUUAGAAAUUUAAAAUUUGGGGGAAUGAUAGACUCAAGAAGCCUUAUAAUCAUAGAAUGUCAGAACUGUUAGAUACUUAAGAGUUCAUCUUCUCCAAUCCCCUCAUUUUUACAGCUGGGGAUAAGUGGAGGCCCAGGGUUUCAAAGUGACUUGUAAAAGGUCAUACAAUGGCAAUUUCAUAUUAUGUAAGUAUGGCACGUGAUUGAGACUCUUUAUAAAAUUAAUGUAUUAAUGGUUCAGGAAAUUUUAUUUAAGUAGUACCAGAUAAAAUAAUGAAUGUGAAUUUUAUGCAUAUUUAAAAUAAAAUUUAAAGCUCAAAUUUUAAAUUUACUGAAAAAUGUGUUCAUCUAUCUGUAAAAUUUGAAAA